CCCGUCCGCCCGCAGGUGACGUUAGCGCGCAGCCGCAGCCGCCGGGAAGGUCGCGGCGGUGACCGGCGCUCCCGCACCCGCCAUGUUGUCCGUGGCUGCCCGCUCCGGGCCCUUCGCGCCCUACCUGUCGGCCGCGGUGCACGCCGUGCCCAGUUCGCUCAAGGCGCUGGCGCCGGCGGCGCUGCAGACCGAGAAGGUGGUGCUGGACGUGAAGCGACCGCUGCUGUGUCGGGAGUCGAUGAGCGGCCGCUCGGCGCGGGGGGAUCUCGUCGCCGGCGCCAGCCUCAACGCGCCUGCCAGUGUGCGGUAUGUCCACAAUGAUGUCGCGGUCCCUGACUUCUCUGCCUAUCGCCGUGAAGAUGUGCUAGAUGCCACAACGUCCUCUCAGAGUAGCAGUGAAGAAAGAAAAGGGUUUUCCUACUUGGUGACUGCAACAGCAUGCGUAGCUAGCGCAUAUGUUGCUAAGAAUGUGGUCACCCAGUUUGUUUCCAGCCUCAGUGCUUCUGCUGACGUGCUAGCAUUGUCAAAGAUUGAGAUCAAGCUAUCUGACAUUCCAGAAGGCAAAAACAUGGCUUUCAAGUGGAGAGGAAAACCCCUGUUUGUGCGUCACAGAACCCAAGCAGAGAUUAAUCAGGAGGCAGAAGUUGAUGUGUCUAAGCUGAGAGACCCACAGCACGAUUUAGACAGAGUAAAGAAACCGGAAUGGGUCAUAUUAGUAGGAGUCUGCACUCAUCUUGGCUGUGUACCAAUUGCUAACUCUGGAGAUUUUGGUGGUUAUUACUGCCCUUGCCAUGGGUCCCAUUAUGAUGCCUCUGGCAGAAUCAGGAAAGGUCCUGCUCCCUAUAACCUGGAGGUUCCAACCUACCAGUUUGUUGGUGAUGAUUUAGUUAUUGUUGGCUGAAUGACAAAGUGCUCGGUCGCUUUCAUGUUCUGGUGAAUGUAUUCGUAAAAAGGUUAACUGAUACUCUGGAAUACUGUCAAACCGGAAGAUCCUAACAAUACAUUAGCUUCAUCCUCAACCAGAACUGUGUUUGAAUACUUCCUUGUGUUCAAUUUUAAUAAAAACUUGAAGUGAGCACUUGUUCCCGA